CCGCCGCCGCCGCCGCUGCCGCUACUCACGCACUCCGAGUCUCUGGCCUCGCUGCCUGAGGCGGGGGCGCUGCGGGCGCGUGUGCGCCGGCCGCCUUCGCGCUGCCACCCUCGCUCCUGCCGUCCCGGUGUACGUCGGCGCGCACCUGCGUCCGCAUCCGGCUCCGGACGCUUGCGAUCUUAGUGCGACCCAACCUGGAGACUUGGCAGAGUUAGAACUCCGUGGUCUCCACAACUCCUUUUUACCCCAGCUUCAGCCUUUUCACGUAUUUGUGCGAGUACUUUGCCUGCAUGUAUAUAUGUGUGCACAAUGUAAGUGCCGGAGGCCUGCAGAGAUCAGAAGGCGUCCGAUCCCCCUGAAACGAGUUACACAUGUGAGCUGCCACAUGCGUGCUGGGAACUGAACCCUGGGCCUCUGCAAGAGCAACAAGUGCUCUUAAUUAAGACAUCUCUCCAGCCUCUGUAUCAUUUUUUUAAAAAGACACUGAAUCUGGAGAGUGGAAACAUCCUUUUUAAGAUCCACCCAAAGGUGAAUUCUAAGACUUAGUACCCAGGCUUUGGGCUUGUAGCCUUCUAGAAUUGGUCUUACUUUACCCCGCCCCCAGGCUGAUGAUGCAGAUAUCAGGAUUACUUUUGUCCCCAGGGCUAAUUGCAGACCUCCACUUGUUGGACCAUGGCAUUCCACAGAGAAUGAGCCUCCCAAUCUUCUUUCAUCAGUAAGCCGUUCUUCCCAACUGCUCUCCUACCAUCCGCUGCCCUCAUGUCUACCAUACUCCUGAAUUUGGACUUUGGGGAACCUCCAAAAAAGGCGUUUGGAGGAAAUGCCAAGCACCAACGUUUUGUUAAGAAGCGACGGUUCUUGGAACAGAGAGGAUUACUGAAGAGAAAUAACCAACUUCCUAGCAAGGUGUCUAAAUUGCACUCAGAACCUCUAAAGAAAAGGGAAGUGUCUUCAAAAGUAGAUGGCAUUUUGAAGAUCCUUCCAUGCCCAAAAAAGAAGGAGGAAGCUGCCUCCAAAAGGGAAUCAGAGCAGUCCACAGACAAGAAAGCAUCGUUGUCUUGGCUGACCCCUGCUCCUUCAAAGAACACUGAUUCUGUUGUGGCUAAAAUCGAUUUGCUAGGGGAGUUUCAGAGUGCCCUUCCAAAGAUUAAGAGCCGUCCAGCUCAUGCUCAGAAGAAGGGCUCCAAGAAGAAGCACUUGAAGAAAGGUGCCACAGAGAAUUCCACCCAAACUCCUUCAGAGAGUAAGGGCUCCAAGAAGCCUGCACAGAAGAGUGCUGCACAGAACUCCACCCAAGCUCCUCUGGAGAAUAAAGGCUCCAAGAAGAAGAAGUCGUCCUCAAAGAAAAAUGCUGUGCAAAGAUCCACCGACGCGCGUUCAGAGGAUAAGUGCCUUAAAGUCUCCCAAAACUUGCCAGGGAAGAUGGUGGCAGUCGACUGUGAAAUGGUGGGCACAGGACCCAAGGGGCGUGUUAGUUCCUUGGCCCGGUGCAGCAUUGUGAACUACAAUGGGGAUGUGCUUUAUGAUGACUACGUCCUCCCCCCCUGCCACAUCGUGGACUACCGGACCAGAUGGAGCGGCAUCCGAAAGUGCCACAUGGCUAAAGCUACACCCUUUAAGAUUGCUCGGAGUCAGAUCUUGAAGAUACUCAAGGGGAAGAUAGUGAUCGGACAUGCCAUCCACAAUGACUACAAAGCCCUACAGUACUUUCAUCCCAAGUCCCUCACCCGAGACACUUCCCAAAUACCACUCCUCAACCGGAAGGCUGACUGCCCAGAGAAUGUCACUUUGUCAUUGAAGCAUCUCACCAAGAAACUGCUGCAUCGGGACAUCCAGGCUGGAAAAAGUGGACAUUCCUCAGUGGAAGAUGCCCAGGCCACCAUGGAGCUGUACAAGUUGGUUGAAGUUGAAUGGGAACAGCACCUGGCCCAGAAUCCUCCAGAAAAUUAGCAAUCCCGGGGAGACACACGCAGUAGCUCAAACCACAGUUCUGCCAGCUGCACAUCUGCAGAAGUUAGAAUUGUUGAAGAGAGGGACUUCACCAGAGACUUAAUACCCAUUGAAAUUUCAUCUCCGCUGCUGUGGUCACUGUUUGGUUAAGUGCCUGAUGGAAGGGGAAACCCACCUCUAGGCCAGUCGGGUGGCACAGGCCUGUCAUCUCAGAUACUGGGAGGUUGAGACAGGUUUUAAAUUUAAGGUCAGCCUGGGUUACAGAAUUAGUUCAAGAUGUCCUGACAUAAAAAAGAGGGUCAGGAGUAAAGCUUGGUGCUAGAGCGUGUACCUAGCAUACACAAGCCCCUAGGUUCAGUAUCCACAGGGGAGUAGGAGAAGGUGGGAAGGAUGGACUGCGACGUGAUGUGUUACCGAUGGCUUACUUUUUUAAUAGUGCUAACCGCAUGUCCCAGAGUGCUUGUGCCCAUCAGCUUUCUUGACUUUGAGGAAGCAAGGCACACCAUGGAGUACAGAUUCUCACAUUAUUUUAUCCAUGGGACACAUAACAUAGAUGUGUCUCUCUUUGGUGGGGAGCAGACUAAAGGGGUUCUUGUAUUGCCAAGGUUGGCCUCAGUGUGCUCAAAGGACUUCUUCCUCAGCCCCUGAGUAACUGGGACAUGAGUGUCUGUUCACCUCUGUGCCUGGGUCUUUGAAUUUUAUGUUUUUUGUUGUAAAGUAAUUAAUAGUAUCCUUUCACUUCAGAAGUGUCCUAUGGAGGUAGGCAUGGUGGGCUGUAAUCCCAGGACUCUGGAAGCCAAGGCAGAAAGAUCAAGAGUUCAGUCUGAAUACAUAGAAAAGCUCUGGCUCAUAGAAGUAGAGAAGAAAUGGAUUGUGUGGCUGGAUGCUAAAUUGUAUAGCCACGUUUACUUGAUUUAGGUUCUGUUUAGCUGACAGAAUUUACAUUGUUUUAAUAGUCUUUCAGUCUUUCACCUUGCAAAUGUAACCUUUUAAAAAUUCAAAUGAUUCUUUUUAUGAAUUUUUAUAAUAGUGGUUUUUUUUUUCAUAAAGAUAAUUUUUAUUUUAUUCA